AUGCCUUCCGAGCCAGAGAUUGAAGAACUAGAACUCGAUAGCACGCCUCCUGAUGGAGGCUACGGCUGGCUCUGCGUUGCCGCCUGCUUCAUGAUCAACUUCGCGACCUGGGGAGCUGUAGCAUCCUACGGUGUCUUUUUGUCCUAUUACCUCGAUAGCAACCGCUUCCCCUCCGCCUCCUCGCUCGACUAUGCUCUCAUUGGCGGCUUCAACUUCACCUUCGCCAUGCUCGCCGCGCCAUUGGUGACGGCGCUCACCCGUCGCUUUGGCAAACACGUCACCAUGCCCAUCGGCGUCGCCCUACAAACCACUGGCUACAUCACCGCCGGCUUCGCUACCCACAUCUGGCAGCUUUUCCUCUCCCAGGGAGUGCUAGUAGGCCUGGGUGUUGGCUUCAUCUACACCCCCAGCUUGCCCAUCUUAUCACAGUGGUUCGAAUCCCGACGCAGCCUGGCCAACGGCAUCUCAAGCUCCGGAUCCGGGUUCGGUGGUGCGCUUUUCACUUGGUCGAUCGGUGCCAUCAUCGAAGCAUUGGGAAUCCGCUGGGCGCUGUGCAUCACUGGCAUCAUCACAUUUGCUCUCACCAGUAUUGCCACAGCCAUGAUCCGCGAUCGGAACAUCUACAUUCGUCCUCCGCAGUUGGCAUUCGACACAACCCUCCUGGUACGCUAUGACGUCCUGCUGCUGCUCGCUUGGGCGUUCGUGAGCAUGCUCGGCUACAUUGCGUUGCUAUUCUCCUUGUCAGACUUUGCGCUUGCGAUUGGAUUAUCUUCGCAGCGCGCCACCGAUACCAUCGGCCUCCUGAACAUCGGUACGGCAAUUGGCCGUCCUGUCAUCGGUAUACUGAGCGACAAGUCCAGCCGCCUGAACGUGGCCGGUGUGUUGACGCUGGUGUGCUCUCUGUUGUCGAUCGCGAUGUGGAUUCCCGCGGAAUCGUUCCCGCUGCUGGCAGUCUUCGCUGUACUGGCAGGUGCUGUACUCGGAGUGUUUUGGAUGACUAUCGGUCCUCUCUGCGUCGAGGUGGCCGGGCUCAAACACUUGCAGUCCUUGCUCUCGCUCUCGUGGAUCACGAUCAUCCUCCCCACCACCUUUUCCGAGGUCAUUGCGCUUAACAUUCGGCGCCCGGAUUCCGAACGACCGUAUCUAUAUCCGCAGCUCUUCGUGGCACUAUCCUACCUGGCGGCCAGCGGUAUCAUGUGGGAACUGCUUCGUGUCAAUCGCAAGCAACGCAAGAGCAUAACGCAAGAGCUGGUUGUAGACAUAGAAAUGUCAGAUAAAUAA